AUGUCCUUUUUCUUCACUGGCCGAUAUAUAGAUGAUGUCAAGUCAAUUACUGAUUCAAAACAUUUAGAUGGAAAUAGAAUAGAAGUAAUAAAAGAAGGAACAUUUGAUGGGUUAAACACACUUUACUCUUUGUCGAUACGUUCAAACCAGCUGACUACCAUAGAAAACAGAACAUUUCAUGGAAUGUAUAAUCUAAAUUAUCUAUAUUUAGAUGGAAAUAGCAUUACAGAAAUAGGAGAUGAAUCUUUUGAAGGGUUAAACGCACUAACUGUCUUGAACCUAAAUGAUAACCAGUUAAUGGAUAUACCUAGUGGUUUAUUCAACGGGCUUGUUAAGCUUACCACUUUGAAACUGAAUGAUAACCAGUUAAUGAAUAUCCCUAGUGGAUUAUUCAACGGGCUUGCCAAGCUGAACUCAUUGUAUCUUAAUGGGAACAAUCUUAAGGAAAUCCCCAAUGGAUUAUUGAACAUGCUUCCUCAGUUAACCACACUCUCAUUGACUAAUAAUGCAAUUACAGACAUCAGUUAUGGAAUCUUUGACAACUUGCAUCGACUACGUGUGCUAUAUUUAGAUGACAACAUGAUUUCUGAUUUAAGCUUUGUCAAGUUUUUAUCAGCAAGUGUAACUUCAAUAGAUGUAAGUGGCAACAUGAUAUCUGGUAUUAACGAUGGAGCUUUUAUCCAUUCCUCUUCACUCUCCAGUUUGAAUAUAGGAUUCAAUCCAAUAACAGACCUUGAUGAAAACGCCUUUAUUGGCUUACCUAAUCUCAGAUCACUGAAUAUAGGAUUCAAUCCAAUAACAGAACUUGAUGAAAACGCCUUUAUUGAUUUACCUAAUCUCAGAACACUAGAUUUAAGUGGAACAGAGUUGACAGUCAUUAACAGACGUAUUUUCCAACACGUACCAAGUUUAAACACACUGUAUCUUAAGAACAUGACAUCAAUGACUACACUAGAUGGAUUGGUAUUUGAGCAGUUAACCUUACUAAGCUACCUGGAUUUGAGUGGAACAUCAUUGAUGUGUGACUGUGGUCUUUACAAGUUUGCAGAAUGGCUGAAUAAAACUACUAACCUGUAUUCUGGUGCAUUUCCUGGACCAGUAGGUGCAAAUCAAAAUAUGAACCGAUAUGUCUACACUAUAAUUGAAAGUUGUAGAGAUUCAGAAUUCGAUGUCAUCGACUUCCCAUAUGAAUGUCCUAACGUGCCUUCUGUGAACUCAAUACUCGCCGAAGGACCAAUAUAUCAAAUUCCAAAUACUAAUCCAACUCCUAGUCUGGUUCCAGUCUUCAUAUGUAGCUUCGAAGAUAAAUGGACGGGAAAAUACAACUAUGAUGUAAAGUGGGAGAUUGAUGGGGAUGAAAUAAAAACGUAUUUAAACGUUUCCGUAAUGAAUAUUAAUACGACCUUUCUUCGAGAUUCUGAUUGGACAGAUACCCAUAACAUGAACAUGGUGGUUCGGUGUGGAAUAAGAGUCAACGAUUCCGAGCAUGAUAAACAGUUUAUUUUUAGUUCAGAUUUCAGAGCUGGGAUAUUCGCUGACCAGUCGGAAUAUAUAGUGGUGGAAGGAGAGUAUAUUAACAUAACUUUAAAAGCAACUGUUCCUAUCGGAUGUAUAGCAUCAAAUGAUGAAAUAAGAUCAAAAUGUUUUCAAGAUUUUCAUAUCUUUCAACCGAGUUUCGACGAAAGUGUACUGCAAUGCUCUAAUCUCUAUGGUAGUAGAAAUAUUGUCUUUAAAAAUGAAGUUUGUGGAAUAAGCAUGACAGAUUCGGGAAAGAACGUAAAAAAUUUACAAGUAUAUGGAUUCAGUGAUGGUUUGUACAAUUACAGAGAUCGGUCGACCUAUAUUAACAUGUAUACAGCAUCGGUGUCAACGCCAAAUGCUGUUUGGCAAAAUUUCAACAUCAAAGAUAUAAAGGUAACUGUAAAAGAUGGAGAUGCUUUGGUGAAAAAUAGAUGUUGCCGUUCGUAUAAUGAUCCUCACAUCACCACUUUUGAUGGAAAGACCUAUCAUUACCAUGAAGUUGGAGAAUUUGUCAUGUAUAGAAAUGACAAAGGUCCAUAUUGGGUGCAUGCAUUAUUCACCAAUUGCAAUGACGGAUUUCCAGGAGCCGCAUGCCAUUGUGGUGUAGCGAUUAGAAGCCGAAAUUCCCUUUUCGUUGUACGAACCUGUCAAACCAUCUCAAGAAAUAAGAGAUAUAGCCUAAAAACGCCUCUUAUUUAUAUAAAACAAUGUGAUCCUAGUGAUAUGUUCAUUCAACAAUUAUCCAUUACUAAAUAUAAGGUAACGUUGCCAAUAGGAACCGAAAUAAUUAUUUCAUUUCAUCGGUUGUUCAUUAGCAGUAUAAUAAUUAAACCUUCAUAUCAUGACAUAAACAUGGCGAAAGGACUCUGCGGAUUUCCAAGCACAACCAAAGACACAACUGACGAUUUCAUGCAUAGGUAUUAUGGUGUGGUACAGAAUCAACGGACGUUUGCAGAUUCAUGGAGAAUAAAUGACACUAUGGUGAAUGAACAACUCUUCUUUCAAAUUCCAACUUUUCUAAAAGAAAAUUUUCAAGUGUCAGAUAUCAACCAGACUCCACCCUCGUAUUUAGAUCAUUUCUGUGUGUGCGGGAAAAAGGAUACAAACCCUCUUUCAUUAGAUGAUUUGAAUACAGCUCAAUGUCAGCUGACAUCCACUACAGAUUAUUGUGUAGUUUCAUCUGAAACUCUAGACAACAGAUUGCCUACUGAGUCUCUGAACUGUUUAGCAAUAAGCCGUAAAAGGAAACGAUCUGUCAACUCGAAAUCAUUUGAUCGCCGCAGUAUUGAAAGCGAUGACGUAUUUGAAUUUCUCCCUUUAACUUACGACGAUGACGUAUACAGUGAAAAUAUAACGGCCCCAGCUGCUUUCAAAAAUAGUUGGACAGAAGAAAAUGCUACCAGCACGUGCAGGGAAAGUAUACAAAAUGCACUUCCGUCACACAUAUACAGCGAGUAUGUAGACCUAUCAGAAGAUGAGUUUGUAGAGUCUUGUGUUUUGGAUAUAAUGGCUACUGGAGAUACCACCUACAUUGUAGAUACCAUUGAUGCAAUGGCAACAAUCAUACUCGUGGAGCUUUCACGGAAUGAAUAUAUACAUAUUAAAAACAUGACCGAAGGAAACCAGACGGUACUGGAUUAUAUUACUGGUUUCCUUUGUGCUAAUAACUGUAGUGACAAUGGUAAUUGUGUGUCAGGUGUUUGUGCUUGUUAUGAAGGAUACAUGGGUGAUAGCUGUGCUGAACAGACAUCUUCACCACCGUCUGACACAAGUUUACCGAAUGAUGGGCUGUGUUCUAUAAGGACAAAAUCAUGUAUAACAACCAAUGUGUACGGCAAUUUUCAGUCAACGACUGUGUGGUAUAAAAGGAGAAGUUUCCAGAUUACCGAAAAUGGUACAGUCUACACCUCUGGAAAUGAAACGGACACUGCAGAAUAUCGACAUUUGUUCAUGGUAACUGUGCCACUUAAGAUAUCUAGACGUAAAAGAUCUACCGAGGAGUCGAUGCACUCACCUGAAGGAUAUGAGAUUAGCUUGUCAAAUGACGGCAGUAAUUUUGGAGAAUCUUUCAACAUGAUUGUGUAUGACGAAAAUUGUUUCACGUGUAACUCAACAUCAGUAACCUGUGAUGCCUUGGUAAGCUAUAUUCUAUAG